GGCGCUUCCCGCCUUCCUCUGCCGGAAGUGACGUCCGCUUACCGGAAGUGGCGGGCGGCCUUUCCGGUGUGGCGGCGUGAGGGCGGCGGAGGCGAUGCCGACCGGGGACUACGACUCCAAGCCCAGCUGGGCUGACCAGGUGGAGGAGGAAGGAGGAGAGGAUGACAAGGUGAUCACCAGCGAGCUGCUGAAGGACCUGCCCCUGCCCGGGGUCCUGGGAGGCCCCUCCAGCGCUGAGGCCGAGCUGCUCAAGGGAGGUCCCCUCCCCUCCCCCAAGGAGGUCGUCAAUGGCAACAUCAAAACCAUCACCGAGUACCGCGAGGAGGAGGACGGGCGCAAGGUCAAGAUCAUCCGGACGUUCCGGAUCGAGACCCGCAAAGCCUCCAAGGCCGUGGCCCGGCGCAAGAACUGGAAGAAAUUUGGGAAUUCCGAGUUCGACGCCCCCGGGCCCAACGUGGCCACGACGACCGUGAGCGACGACGUCUUCAUGACCUUCAUCACCAGCAAGGAGGACCUGAACUGCCAGGAGGAGGAGGACCCCAUGAACAAGCUCAAGGGCCAGAAGAUCGUCUCGUGCCGCAUCUGCAAGGGCGACCACUGGACCACACGCUGCCCCUACAAGGACACGCUGGGGCCCAUGCAGAAGGAGCUGGCCGAGCAGCUGGGGCUCUCCACGGGCGAGAAGGAGAAGCUGCCCGGAGAGCCGGAGCCGGUGGCCGCUCAGGUGAGCAAGACGGGCAAGUACGUCCCGCCCAGCCUGAGGGACGGCGCCAGCCGGCGCGGGGAGUCCAUGCAGCCCAACCGCCGAGCCGACGACAACGCCACCAUCCGCGUCACCAACCUGUCGGAGGACACGCGCGAGACCGACCUGCAGGAGCUCUUCCGCCCCUUCGGCUCCAUCUCCCGCAUCUACCUGGCCAAGGACAAGACCACGGGCCAGUCCAAGGGCUUCGCCUUCAUCAGCUUCCACCGGCGCGAGGACGCGGCCAGGGCCAUCGCGGGCGUGUCCGGCUUCGGCUACGACCACCUGAUCCUCAACGUGGAGUGGGCCAAGCCCUCCACCAACUGAGCCGCUCCCAGUGGAUCCCAGUGGAUCCCAGUUUGGUCCCAGUUCAUCCCAGUUUGGCUCCAGUGGAUCCCAGUUCAAUAAAGCUCCGGGUUCUGGCA